AUGAAUGCGCGCACAGGGCUCUCUAGCAUAUACCUCGCUGUGCAAUGCCUGAGCCUCUACUUGAUGCAUUCAGCGGCGCCGCUGCCAUACAUGGACGAGAUUUUCCAUGUCUCGCAAGCGCAACAGUAUUGUGCUGGCAACUACAAAGACUAUGAUCCCAAGUUGACGACACCGCCUGGCCUAUAUCUACUCUCGAGCCUGCUUCACAUGCUCGGUCUCCCUUGCUCACUCAUUUUUCUUCGUUUGCAGAACCUAGUGCUUGGCCUAUGUGCCCUGCCAAUGCUCUGCAAUCUGCUUGCAUUGUCAUCACCUCCAAACAAGUCUAGCUGGGCAUACGUAUCCUCAACCAUGCCGCUCUUUUCGUUCUUCUCGCUUCUCUACUAUACUGAUAUACUCUCUACGUGUCUCGUCCUUGGUACAUUUGUACUGUUGCAGCGAGAUGCUGUCAAGUCUGCCGCUAUCGUCGGCUUUGCAUCUCUAUGGGUACGUCAGACCAAUCUCAUAUGGGUCUUUGCGUUCGUCGUGCAUCAGGCUCUUGUUGCGCAAAAGACUAGUCGGAUGACGCUCGCGGCUCGGCUGGUGGAGCGCACCAUCGCAGUCCUUUGGCAGCCAGUAAAGAUUGGUAGGCGCUACGCAGCAUUUAUACCGAUUGGUGGCUUUACAACUUGGUUCAUGUGGUGGAACAAGUCCGUCGUGCUUGAUCGCUCCAACCAUGUUGCUGGUUUCCAUCCUGUUCAGAUGCUCUGGAUGAUGACCUUUUGCAUUGGAAUGAACUGGCCCCUCUUCUGUACCUGGCAUUCUUUCGAAGUCUGCAAGAGACGCUUCAAAAGACCAAUCUACCUGAUGACCAUCACGUUGGCAUGUUACGUGGCUGUGAGACUGACUCAACCGCAUCCAUUCAUCUUGGCAGACAAUCGGCACUAUACAUUCUACGUCAACAGAUGGAUCUUACAGAGACUGGCACAACCCUUUCAGGCCGUGGCGUUCACAGUCAGUACCAUCCUCUGGUUCGAUUCUCUCGCUUUAAUGGAUGAAGUGACUGCGAGCAUGAUUGUUGCUGCAAGCUUUGUGAGUCUAGUGCCCAGUCCGCUCUUGGAAUUUCGCUACUACAUGAUUCCUAAUGUCAUCUGGUGCUCGUUGGUCAUACAUCAGGCUACAAGUUUGCGCAAACAGGUGCUCUUUGGUUGGUUCAUGAUUGUUCAUGUAGGGGCUGUCGGUCUUUUCGUUAUGAAGCCAUUCGUCUGGGCGUCUGAGCCUGAUGCUGCCCAGCAUUUCAUGUGGUAG